CGCCGCCCUAGCUUGGAUCCUGGGGGCGGUGCUAAAGUCGUGACCCGCCCUGCAACCCCGCCCGCUCCGCGCUGGCUAGCUCCCAGAGCCAGCCAAGCACGGGUUCGACUGGACCAUGUCCACGGAGCCUGAGCUUAUUGAGUUGCGGGAGCUGGCACCUGCGGGACGAGCCGGCCCGGGCCGCACCCGGCUGGAGCGUGCCAACGCACUGCGCAUCGCGCGGGGCACCACGCGCAAUCCCGCACGGCAGCUGGUCCCAGGCCGCGGUCACCGCUUCCAACCCGCGGGGCACGCCACGCACACGUGGUGCGACCUCUGCGGCGACUUCAUCUGGGGCGUCGUGCGCAAGGGCCUGCAGUGCGCGCACCUCUCUGCAGACUGCAAGUUCACUUGCCACUACCGUUGCCGCGCGCUCGUCUGCCUGGACUGCUGCGGACCCCGGGACCUGGGCUGGGAGCCCGCGCUAGAGCGGGACACCAAUGUGGAUGAGCCUGUGGAGUGGGAGAAACCUGACCUAUCUCAGGCUGAGAUUGAGCAGAAGAUCAAGGAGUACAAUGGCCAGAUCAACAGCAACCUCUUCAUGAGCUUGAACAAGGAUGGUUCCUACACAGGCUUCAUCAAAGUUCAGCUGAAGUUGGUCCGCCCUGUCUCCGUGCCCUCCAACAAGAAGCCACCAACCUUGCAGGAUGCCCGGCGGGGCCCAGGGAGGGGCACAUCUGUGAAGCGCCGCACCUCCUUUUAUCUGCCCAAGGAUGCUGUCAAACACCUACAUGUGCUGUCACGCACUCGGGCACAUGAGGUCAUCGAGGCCUUGCUGCGGAAGUUCUUAGUAGUGGAUGACCCCCGCAAAUUUGCACUUUUUGAACGGGCUGAGCGUCAUGGCCAAGUGUAUUUGAGGAAGCUGUCGGAUGACGAGCAGCCCCUACGACUGCGGCUCCUUGCAGGGCCCAGUGAGAAGACCCUGAGCUUUGUCCUGAAGGAAAAUGACUCUGGGGAGGUGAACUGGGAUGCCUUCAGCAUGCCUGAACUACACAACUUCCUGCGCAUCCUGCAGCGGGAGGAGGAGGAGCACCUCCGCCAGAUCUUGCAGAAGUACUCCUAUUGCCGACAGAAGAUCCAAGAGGCCCUGCAUGCCUGCCCCCUGGGGUGACCGUUUGUAUCCCUUGAUGGAAGGAGGAGAGUAGGCAGCGCCAAAAGCGUGUGAGUGUGACAGGGCCCAUGGCCUGAGGAAUGAGUGUGUAUGGAUGCCCUCCCCUGCUGGGGGAAUGCCCAGGGAACAUCAAAAGAGCUGGUCCCCUGUGUCCACCAGUGGGUGUAGCAGGGUAUGGCUCUUCACCCCUCUGUCCCUCAUGUACUGGGUCAUGGUGAGCCAGGGUUGCCCUGGGAAGCUGCUCCAGGCUUGCAGCAGGGGUGGAGCAAACAGAAGUCUCCUUAAUUUAUGUCUCAGAUGUGAGAAGCUUGGAGACUACAAACAGAACAGGGUCAUGUUUGUGGGGGUGAGGGCCCUCACCUAUGGGGAAAGGUGUUUUGGAUUGGAUGGGGUCUCAGGAUAUCCCCAUCAGAGUCAAGGGUAGAUGCUCAGAAUAAGGCAGGCAUUAAGGAAAAGUCUGGUUUUCCCUCUGAGUGCCCUCUGGUUCCUCACAUACCCUGAGGUGAGGGAGUGCUGGCUCACAGUACAGCAACAGUACCUCAGUGCCUCCUCCAAGGAGAAUAUCCUGGGCCAGGGUCUAUGUGGAUGUUAGCACUGACCCAUGUCCAUACCUUGUUUGCAAAUCAAAGCCAGGGUCUCUCCCUCAGGUAUUUUUCUUGAAGUGUGCGAAUGUAUGUAAUGUGUUGUGGCCUCAGCUGAAUGCCUCCUAUGGAAAAGGGUGAGGGUGACAGUCAUCAGAGUCUGGGGCCUGAGAGAAUUGGCUGAAUAAAGAUUUAAGUAUCCUCCUG